CUCCUCUCCUCUCUCUGUCUCCCUCUCUCUCUCUCUCUCUAUCUCUUUCUCAUUCUCUGUCUGUCUCGGCCUUCCUUUCCUAGGGGCGACGACAGGGCGAGUUGCGCUGCCCGGCAGUUCUUCGUCGGGCGACGGGCGCUUCGCCGGCGACGAGCAGGUGCUCUCGCGGGCGACUGGUCACGGGAGCUUGCUCUCAGUCUGGAGACCCGGGUUUGAGCCCUACAUCUUAAUUCAAAGCGGGGGUGUGGUCUACUCCUGUCGAGUUUUUUUUCCUAAAAGAAUGCUGUUAUGAGCAGAGUUGGUUCACUCGACGGGUGGUGAGGCCUGAGGCCUUGUCUCCCUGGAGGCACGUGAGAGGCUAUAAAUGGCAGGAAGACACCGUGUACCCCGCCACUAUGAGGAGCCUCGAGGAUAUCGUGAUGCUCCACCUCCUCCCCUUGCACGAACAAGGGUUGUCUCUCCACGUCGCUUGGAGGAGGAAUUGUCUAGUCGUCGUGCUGAGAUGCGCAGAAUCCGUGAAGAAAAUCAGCGUCUGGCAGAUGAAAUCGUUGGUCUCAGGCAAACCAUACCUCAUAUGAAAGAAGAUCUCCAUGCCUCAAGUCAGGCUGUACCUAAGCUCCGGGCAGACAAAGAACUUGAAUCAAGGGAGCUAACUCAGAGGAAUCUGAAGCUGGAAGCUGAGCUACGUGCCUUAGAACCCCUUAGGCAAGAUGCUUUGCAUCUGCGAUCUGAAGCAGGUAAACUACAGUCUUUGAGGCAAGAGCUGGCUGCAAAGGUUCAGGGUCUAUUAAAAGAGCUUGAGCAUCAUAAAUCUGAAAGCCAGAAGAUACCUGCUAUGAUAGCCGAGCGUGAUGCUCUGCGGCAAGAACUGAUUCAGGCUAGGGCAGCACUUGAGUAUGAGAAGAAUGCAAAGCCAGAACUGACAGCACAGGUGCAAGCAAUGGAGAAGGAUCUUGUAGCUAUGGCUCAGGAGGCUGAGAAGCUGAGGGCUGAUAUUGCAAAAAGAAGGGCACCUAGUUUCAGCAGUCAUGGAACUUAUGGCGCACCUGUGUCAACUCCUGGGAUGGGUUUGCAAGGCAUGUAUGAUGGUGGCUAUUCUUCGAUUGGGAGUCGCUAUGGCACUGGGCCUUGGGGAUCGCAUGACCUCCAUGGUUAUCCACACCCGUAAUUGGGCUUCUGACUGUAGUCUCUCCUGGACAGUUCCCUUUCUUCAUUAGUGCAGUUAGGUUCUGAGUACUUUGACUAAGCUUCGUGAUAUGGUAAGACUUGUGCAAUCUUUUCUGGCCAGUACACAGCACUAUACAAGCUCAGGUUAUCUUGGUACCUUCCAUUAGGUCAGAAAAUAUAAUCCAGGCUCAUAAGAAAACAUAUGCCCGUAAGCAGUAGUUCACUGCAAUAAAGGGAAAACAGGUAAUCUGCACCUUGUUUGUUGCAAAUCACAUAGAAGGUACUGACACAGUGGCAUCAGUUGGUGUCUCUGGAGUUGCUUCUUCUGCAUUGCUAAAGUCAAUAGGAUUUGUUCAUGUGCAAAAUCUGCAAAUGAGUGGUGUAAUGAGCCGUUUCCUGAACUCAACACUCUCUUACCAGGGAGGUCUGUCAAUUGCAAUACAUUACUAAGGAGGGCAAAUGAGGUGUUCUGCUUCGUAAUGUUCAUAAUUCCCGUAUCUGAACAGCUAUUUUGAACUUA